AUGGCCAAAAAAAAUGCCAAGAAGGAAGCGACAGGCAGGAACUGGCAAAGAGAUGCCGAAGAGGAGGGAACAUUCUCACAGGCCAGUGAGGACGUCCUGAGGAAUAGAACCAUAAAGAGAGCCAAGCGGAGACACACCCGCCCCCAGCCCGAGGGUAAAGGGGCUUCCAAGGGGAUUAAAAGUUUGGCUGUGCCUUCCGGAAGAGGAGAAUUUGGUGGUAGCCCUGGAGAGAAGCCUCUGGAAGUAUUGACAACCAGAAGGAACACAGCCAGGGCUGCAGCAGAGCCCAAGGCAGCCUUGGGUUCUGUUACUGCAAAUGAGCCCCCCUCUUUGGAGCAUGAGCAGAUCUCAGACGCCCAGACGAAUGUCCACAGUCAGCAGCCUGUCUCCCCGGGCCUUGCUUUCAGUCAAGCUUGCGCUGGGAGUGUCUACCACAGGCAGUUGACCGGCCUGAACUGCUCAGUCCGGGACUGGAUAGUGAAGCACGUGAACGCGAAUCCGUUCUGUGACCUGACGCCGGUCUUUAAGCAGUAUGAGAAAUACUUGGCUGCCAUCGAGAAGCAGCUCCACAGCAGCUGCGGCUGUCUUUCUGAAAGUGAGCCCAACAGGGGCUUGGUUGCGACACAGCCUCCUUCCCUAGCUGUUACCACUGAACUACAGCCAGAGUUGGCCACAAAAGCCGACCCAGUGCAAGGAGCAACAGGUACCUCCAGUAACUUUGGCAAAAACACUGAAGCCCCAGUUUGGGGUUCCUUAAGCCCUGGUCCCAUGCAUGGAGUUUCAUCAUCCACCGGAAGCUCCAGCUUAAGUGGGAAAGGUACAGCACAGAAAAAGCCAGCGUCUGCAAAAACUCUGGAGAGUCCGGCUCUAGGCAGCAGUGAUGAAUGCAAAGGUAAAAGGGACGAGCCACCCAAAGUGCUCCUUGGUGAAGAGAAGGAGGAGAGUAUUUUCUACUGCAAGAAGUGUAAACUGUUUUACAAGAAAGACAACGAAUUUAAAGAAAAGGGUGUUGGCACGCUGUAUUUAAAAUCCACAGCCAAUCAGAAGACGCGGCUCUUAGUGCAGGAUACUAAGUUAGGCAACAUACUCCUGAACAUUCUGAUCCCACCCGAUAUGCCGUGUACCCGGAUGGGGAGAAACAAUGUCCUUAUCGACUGUGUUCCAAAUCCACCACUAGAUAAGAAGAUCUCCACCAUCAAGGUCGCCAUGCUAAUUCGGGUAAAAACAAGUAAGGAGGCUGAUGAAUUGCACAAAAUUUUACUGCAGAAAAUGGAUGCCUGA